GAAGGACCCAAAGUAAAAAGCAGCUAUGCAUGAGGAGCUAGGAGCUCUUGAGAAGAACCGCACUUGGGAGCUAAUAAAAUUACCAGAAGGGAAGAGAGCAGUUGGGUGCAAGUGGGUCUUCACUGUGAAGCAGAAUCCAGAUGGACAAGUUAAGCGCUACAAGGCUCGUCUGGUGGCAAAAGGGUAUAGUCAGACAUAUGGCAUCGAUUAUGAUGAGACUUUUGCACCCGUGGCGAAGAUGAGCACUAUUCGGACCUUAAUCUCUCUGGCAGUAAAUGGUGGAUGGAAGCUACACCAACUAGAUGUGAAGAAUGCAUUUCUUCAUGGAGAUCUAGUGGAGGAGGUAUACAUGGAGAUACCACUAGGAUUCGGUACAGAUCAGACAGUGGGAAAGGUCUGCAGAUUGAAAAAGUCUCUCUAUGGGCUGAAGCAAUCUCCUCGUGCUUGGUUUGAUAGAUUCAGAAAGGCUAUGAUAGGUAUGGGAUACCAGCAGAUUAAUGCCGAUCAUACCGUAUUCUUUCGACGGAGUGAAAGUCACAUCACCAUGCUUACAGUAUAUGUGAAUGAUAUGAUUAUUACAGGGGAUGAUGAGAAGGAGAUUGCCCAACUCAAAGUGAGACUGGGUAAGGAAUUCGAGGUGAAAGAUCUUGGCUUGCUUCGAUACUUUCUUGGAAUAGAGAUAGCUCGAGGAGCGGAGGGGAUCGUCCUAUCCCAGAGAAAGUAUGCACUGGAUCUUCUCAAGGAGACAGGAAUGUUAGGGUGCAAACCUGUAACUACACCGAUCGACCAGAAGUUUAAGCUGGGUGCUGAAGCUGGAGAACCAGUUGAUCGUGACAGAUACCACAGGCUGGUGGGCAGGUUGAUCUAUCUGAGACACACACGUCCCGAUAUCUCUUUUGCAGUGAGUGUGGUGAGUCGCUACAUGCACGAUCCGAGGAAUGGUCAUAUGGAUGCUGUGUACCAGAUUCUGAGAUAUUUGAAGAGUGUCCCCGGAAAGGGACUGAUAUUCAGAAAGAAUGGACAUGUGAGCAUCGAGGGUUAUUGCGACUCUGAAUUGGCUAGCUGUGCUGAUGACAGGAGGUCCACCUCAGGAUAUUGUAUCUUUAUAGGAGGUAACUUGGUCUGGUGGAAGAGCAAGAAGCAAUCGGUGGUAGCGAGAUCAACAGCUGAAGCAGAGUAUAGAGCCAUGGCCUUGGGAGUUGCGGAGUUAUUGUGGUUGAAGAGUAUGCUGGUGGAGCUGAAACUGGAUCAAGGAGCAAAGAUGAAACUGUGGUGUGAUAACAAGUCAGCCAUCAGUCUCGCCAAUAACCCAGUGUAGCAUGAUAGAACCAAACACA